AAAGAUAAUUAGAUUAUUAAAGAAUUUAAACAGUAAUAAUAAGAAAUAAUAAUUAUUAUACAAGAAACAAUAAUGAACGAAUUUAACUGUUCUUAUGAACAUUUAAAGUUUGACGAGGCCUGUGUAAACGUGAUUUUGGAUAAUAACAAUUAUAAUAUGUGGCUUUAUUCACUUUCUACGGAUUGUGUAUCGUGUCCAUAUAAGCGAAUAGCACGGAUCUCGACUAACGACAAUUCUAGUUUGAAAUUUAGUACGGUCAAAACAGUAAAAUGGAGAGUGUUGAAGAAUAAUGGCAAUAAUGAAUAUAUAUCUGCCAAAAAUACAAGCGAUAUCUUUUGCGAACUAUCACCGAAUCUAGGACAAUACGGUUUAUACGAGUUGACAGUGCAAAACGACACCUGCAGUUGUAAAACAUUGAGAAAACCAACAUAUCCAUACUCAGAAUUGUUUAUAAUUUUGGGGAUAAUUAUAUUUAUCUUAUCUGCCAUAUCUAUUGGAAGAUCUUUAUGGUAUAAAUUUACAAAACAAUAUGUAACAAAAACAGAGGAAGAAAGGACGCCAAAUAACAAUGAAAAAGCGACAAAACAUCGACGCGUAAAGGCUAUCGACACUUUCAGGGGAGUCUGCACACUUUUUAUGAUUUUUGUUAAUGAUGGCUCCGGUAGUUAUACCACAUUGGGGCAUGCGACUUGGAAUGGAAUGUUAUUAGGAGAUUUAGUAUUUCCUUGUUUUAUGUGGAUUAUGGGAGUUUGCGUCCCUAUAGCUUUGUCGGCGCAAUUAAAACGUGGACUCUCGAAACUUGAAAUCAGCUUUUCCAUUUUCAAGAGAAGUUUUCUUCUAUUUUUGAUAGGUAUUGCAUUAAACACGUUAGGAACAAAUGCACAAUUAGAAAACAUACGCAUAUUCGGAGUUCUUCAACGAUUCGGAAUUACUUAUUUAAUUGUUAGUUUGCUCUAUCUUUGCUUUACACCUCAACAGCCAAAAGUUGCUCAGAACUUAUCACAAACUUGGAUGACGCAUAAGAUGCAGGACAUAUUAAGUCUUUUGCCACACUGGUGCAUAAUGCUGACUCUAGUAAUGGUGCAUUGUGCUGUAACGUUUUGUCUACCAAUUCCUGGAUGCCCUACCGGAUAUCUUGGACCAGGCGGAAGGCACGAAGAUGGCAAAUAUUUUAAUUGUACCGGGGGUGCGACUGGAUAUAUCGAUAGAAUUUUAUUGACUUUAAGUCAUAUUUAUCAAUGGCCAACUAUCGAUUCUAUUUACGGAUCCGGGCCUUUCGAUCCUGAAGGGAUUUUAGGAUGCCUUACAUCAAUAUUUCAAGUAUUUUUAGGUGUACACACUGGUGUAAUUCUAAUGAUGUAUAAAGGUUGGAAAGAACGUAUUAUCCGGUGGCUUGUAUGGGCAGUAUUUUAUGGUUGUUUGGGUUGCAUCUUUCAUUUCACUAAUAUUAUACCCAUCAACAAAAACUUGUGGUCGUUGUCAUUCGUACUUGUUUCAACUUGUUUUGCUCUGGCUUUUCUUUCUGGAUGUUAUUUGCUAAUUGAUGUUGUCAGAAUCUGGCGAGGUGGCCCUUUCAGAAUACCCGGAAUGAAUGCACUGAUGCUAUUUGUGGGUCAUAAUAUAUGUUAUCAAAUCUUUCCAUUCCAUUGGAAGAUUGGUACGAUGGACAAUCGUGCUUUACGUUUAAUUGAAUCGAUUUGGGUUGUAACUCUCUGGACGAUUAUAGCAUACGUUAUGCACCGUAAGCGAAUUUACGUUACUCUUUAAGUUCUUAACAUUACGGAUAUGUAUAUAUAAUGUUUAGCAUUAUAUUAUUGUACUAUCAAAUUUUUUCAAUUCACUAUACUAAACUUUCAAUUCACAAAUAGUAAUAGACAAUUAUAUAAGAAACAAAUUAU